AUUCUGAGCACCUCGGCAGGAAGUACGCUGACGACGGCUGGAAUCUCAACAACAUGCCGAUGCUCUACAACUCCCUGUUUGGAGUGUUUGACCAAGCGAUAACGGGCAUGACGGUCCCAUGGAUGUACAUCGGGAUGAUCUUCUCCACGUUCGCCUGGCAUGUCGAGGAUCACUACACAUACUCAAUCAACUACAACCACUUUGGUGCCCCCAAAACGUGGUAUGGCGUGCCGGGGUCUAUGGCCGACCGGUUUGACGAGGUGUUCAAAAAUACGGUCCCAGAAUUGUUCGAGGCGGAACCGGAUCUCAUGAACCACCUGGUGACCAUACUCAACCCGAGUGUAUUUGUGGACAAGAACAUCAGUGUCUGUCGCACAGAUCAGCGAGAGGGCGAGUUUGUUAUUACCUUCCCGCAGGCCUACCAUGCGGGCUUUAAUCAGGUGCGUGCUAUAUGA